GUUGACGCCAGGAAGUAGUAAAAAAAAAAACUUAAAUAGAUGUACAAAACGAAGGGCGAUUAAUCUGUCCACGUUUGAAAAGCCGCUGAAAGAUUCUUCUGAUUCACUGCAUGAUGGCUUCUAAACGACCCAAGAGUACUGGAGAUAAAAAGAACGAUUCUGCCGAUUCAGCUGGGAGCUCAACGGAACUUGGUCUGCCUGAUGACAUCUUCCCUUUGGUUCUGACUUCGGGGACCCAGGAGCUUUUUGAGUGUCGUGUCGAUAAGGAUGUCACACGGGAAAGCCCUUACAAAAUCCUCAGGAAAGAGGAGAUCCUCAAAGAUAUGAAGACGAGAGCUGCCGUCUCUGACUUCCAUCCCAUAAAGCAGACUGUGCUUAACUAUCCUGGGGAAGAACUUCUUCUGAUGUUUGACAGAGAUUUCACAUGUGGACAGAACUUCUAUCUUGUUUUGACUGAAGAAUCUAAAAAACGAAUCCUUGAGCCCCCUGUGUCUGCAAGAGAAGACACAGCAGAGGGGACAUCAUUGGAUUCACCUCCAUGCAAAACACCAGAGUGUCAGCCAUGGGUCUCCUUAGGAAGUGAGCGGGAGAUUGAGGAAGAAUCUGUGAGGGACUCGAGACCAAGACUGAAGUACAGGAUCUCACGGGUGCGACGGAAAUUUGGAGCUCCAGUGACGUUUACUGACUGUAAUGCCCAGGAAUCAAAGGAUAAGUACACAGAAUGUACCUCCUACGACGACAGAAAGUUUAGCAUUGAACGGAUGGAAAUAACUACGGGGGUACAAGCUGUUCCCACCUUGAGGAGUAUUAGUACACAAACACGAUGGACAUACCCAAGAAAUAUGUGUUCACAGUACGAGUUCAGAGAAUUUACAGAAGAAGAAAAAGAAAACAUUGCGAACUCUGAGAACUUUAGGAAUUUUGUUAAUUCUGUUGUUUCGAGAUUUGAGGUUGCUGCUCAGCAAAACAUGAUUUUUGAUGUGUUUUUCAAUGACUGGCAAGCACUUCAUGAGGAGGAUGGCAUCUUUGGUGGGAAAGUUGAAACUCACCUGAAGGAAUACCAAUCCUUCACAGACUUACACUUCACCAAAGAGAAGACAAUCAGCGAUAUCAACUGGCACCCUACUAUUAAUGGGCUGAUUGCAGUCUCUGUAAUGGAGAAGCUAUCCUCUGAAGGAAAGAUCAAUGGCUCCGCUAAGCUGCUUCAAAACCCUCCGCUCAUUUUCUUCUGGAGCUUCUCUGAUCCUAUUAACCCCCAGCUAUUGUUGGAGUGCCCAGAUGAUGUACUCUCCUUUCAGUUUUGUCCUUCGAAUCCCAACAUAAUUGUUGGCGGUUGCAUGAAUGGCCAGGUUGUGUUAUGGGAUGUCUCUGCUCAUGCAGACAGACUGCAAGGCACUCGAUCUGCAGCGGGGAAGGCUACCUCAGCAAAUGAAUGUGCUUUACCGGCCUUCCAGGAUAAGAGAGAACUCAACACUCCUGUUGUGCGGUACUGUGCUGUCUCAGGCGUGGAGAAUGGGCACAAGGCACGAAUCACCGACGUACAGUGGUUACCGGAGAACUUUGAGAUCUCCAAAGCAGGGAUUCCUGUGGAAAACAAGGCUCAUAUCUGUGUCCAGGUCAUCACCUGUGCGCCUGAUUGUUGUGUGAUGUUCUGGGACAUUCGCUUGCCAAGGGUUACAACGCAUUCUCUGACUGAGAGAAAGCCCAAAGUGACAGAGACCCCUCACCUAAAUCGAAGUGACGUUCCCAAUACAUUUAAACACCUAGACCUAUCCUGGAAGCCUUUCAUCAAGGUUGCACUUCCAAAAAAAGGCACUGGUGCUGAAUAUAGUCCUUUGAAAUUCAGCCUGAGGGACAAUAUAAAUGACAACCAGACAGGUGGCAGCACUGAAACCUCUGAACAGAACCUGGAGAAGUCUGAGGGAGGAACUGAGUAUGCUCUCCUCAGAGCUUCUUCAGCCAAACAACUUAAACCACUAGAGGACAUCAGCACCAGGUUCUACAUUGGAACCCAGGACGGUGAAGUUGUAUACACAGAUUGGAAGAUGGAAAAGGAUAAUGACUCUGGGAGACUCCUUAGUACCAAGCCCUCUCAUUGUUUUCUCGUACACGAUGGGUUCAUCAAUAGUGUGAGGCGGUCCCCCUUUUUCAAAGACAUCAUCCUGACCGUGGGAGGCUGGACCUUUGCCAUCUGGAAGGAGGGUGUCAUGAAUGGGCCUAUUAUUCAUUCGUCCUGCUCUCCAAAGAAAUGCACAGUAGGUUACUGGUCUCCGUCAAGACCAGGACUGUUCUUCAUUGGAAAAGAGGACGGGAACGUCGAGGUGUGGGACUUGCUGGAAAAGACCCAUGAAGCAUCCCAAACCCAAAAUCUCAGCACCACGCAGAUUACCUGCAUAAAGCCCUGGAUCGUACCCCCAAAGCAGCACUUUUUAGCUGUGUCUGAUCACUCUGGCACUCUCCAUAUUCUGGAGGUUCCCUGGUCUCUACGUAGUCCGUCAUACAAUGAGAAAUCCAAUAUGGCCAAGUAUUUUGAGAAAGAAGUGGACCGCUUAAUCUUUUUGAAUAAACGAAAGGAGAUGAGAGCGAAGGAGAAGAAAGACAAGGAAGCAGAGGAGCAAAAGAAAAAAAUGGAACCAAAAAUGCCUGAGAAGCUGGAGGAGCAGAUUGAAGAGGAGAACCUGGUGCACUAUAAGACGUACCUUGCUAUGGAGAAGGUGAUUCUGAAGAACAUGGGUCUUCUGUCAGAUGAGGAACCAGCCCUUAAUUGAUAUAUGACACAUACUUAAAUAAUGCUCCUAUUUUAUGUCAGAGGAACUAAUACAUUGUUUCUGUGUUGUUUUUUCAGUAACACUUUCUAUGAAUGCCAUGUCUGUAAGAAUACGUUCAAAACACAUUAUAACGCUUUCAUAAAGCAUUAUAAACAUGGUUAUGAAUAUUUAUAAAAAAGGCGUAAAACAUUAUAGCCAUGUUAUUUAUGCAUUAUGACUACCUUAUGAAGUUCUUAUCUAUAAUGUACUACAAAUACCUUCGUCAUGCAAUACAAAAUAUCCUUAAUUCUUAUUCUGACCAUCUUAUAGAUGAGAGCUUCAUUGGAGCUUAUGAAGUAUUAUAAUCAGCACUAUAAUGUCUUAUGACUGCCAAUAGAAGAUGCUGUAAUGCUUUAUUAAUUCUUAUACUGAGCAUCUAUAAUGCAGUAAAAUGCAACCAUUUUUUCAUUCAGUUGUCUGUAAUAAAUUGCAGUAUGUAAUGUCCACUAUUUUUAAUGCUACAUUGUUUUACAAAAGCAGAACAGUUUUCAUGUACAUAUAUAACUUAGCUGGCCUCUCGUCCAGCAUGUACUCCAGCUUUGUGCCUUUUGCUGUCUGGAAUAGGCUUCCUGUAACUGUGACCUGGAUAAGCAGUCACAAUAUGGAUGGAUGGUAUGAGAACGUUGUAUAAAUUGACAUAUUUGGUCUUUU